UCUGAUAUAGCUUUGAUUAGACAACUGACCUGGUUACCAUCUGUAGCUAUAAGAAAAGAGGCUGACAUUUUUGGAACAUUAUCUCCAGAAACUGAACGUCUCCAACUCUCUGGCAACACAUUUUUUUUUCUGUAAGAGAAACAUAAACCAGAGCUAAAGAUACACUACUUGAAACAAGCUGUGAACGGGGAAGUCUCCCCCGCGCACACACUUUCCUUCCUUUGCUUCAAACAAGCCAUGUCUUGACUUUAAAAAAUCAGCUAUUUGAUAUUUCCAAAGAGGGAACUCCUUAAAACAUUGUAGAGGAAAUCUCUCUGGGCUGAUCAUUUCUCCCCCUCUUCUCUCCUCUUUCUCACACACGCUUGCACAUACACACACAGAGUUUUGCGCACCGCACUAUGGUGGUGCAGGCAGCUGUGACUCCAAGCAGGAGCCGAAAACUUUUCUUUAAAAUACCGUAUGGAUCCCUGAGAAGACCAAGUGCCGAAAGGAUGACAGAGGGCCGCCGGUGUCAAGUGCACCUCCUUGAUGACAGGAAGCUGGAACUCCUUGUGCAGCCAAAGCUUUUGGCCAAGGAGCUGCUUGACCUGGUGGCAUCCCAUUUCAAUCUGAAAGAGAAGGAAUACUUUGGAAUUGCUUUCACAGAUGAGACGGGCCAUCUGAACUGGCUUCAGCUGGACCGGAGAGUUCUGGAACAUGACUUCCCUAAAAAGUCUGGACCAGUGGUUUUGUACUUUUGUGUCAGGUUCUACAUUGAAAGCAUCUCCUACUUAAAAGACAAUGCAACCAUUGAAUUGUUUUUCUUAAAUGCAAAGUCUUGUAUUUACAAGGAGCUCAUUGAGGUUGACAGCGAAGUUGUGUUUGAAUUGGCUUCAUACAUCUUGCAGGAAGCAAAAGGAGACUUUUCAAGCAAUGAAAUCGUAAGGACAGACUUAAAGAAGCUUCCAGCUCUUCCAACACAAGCACUUAAGGAGCACCCAUCUCUUGCUUAUUGUGAGGAUCGAGUUAUUGAGCAUUACAAGAAGCUGAAUGGACAGACCAGAGGCCAAGCUAUUGUCAAUUACAUGAGCAUUGUUGAAUCGCUUCCAACAUAUGGUGUCCACUAUUACGCCGUUAAGGACAAGCAGGGAAUUCCUUGGUGGCUAGGACUGAGCUACAAAGGGAUCUUUCAGUAUGACUACCAUGACAAAGUCAAACCAAGAAAGAUCUUCCAAUGGAGGCAGCUGGAGAACCUGUACUUCAGGGAGAAGAAGUUUUCCGUGGAAGUCCAUGAUCCACGCAGGGCAUCUGUGACUAGAAGGACGUUUGGACACAGUGGCAUUGCUGUGCACACGUGGUAUGCCUGUCCUGCCUUGAUAAAGUCCAUCUGGGCUAUGGCCAUUAGCCAACAUCAGUUCUACUUGGACAGAAAGCAAAGCAAGUCUAAAAUUCAUGCGGCAAGAAGCCUGAGUGAAAUUGCAAUAGACCUGACUGAAACUGGAACAUUGAAGACCUCCAAACUAGCCAACAUGGGAAGCAAAGGAAAAAUUAUCAGCGGCAGCAGUGGAAGCCUUUUGUCAUCAGGUUCGCAAGAGUCCGAUAGCUCUCAGUCUGCCAAAAAAGACAUGUUGGCUGCCUUGAAAUCCAGACAAGAAGCUCUGGAGGAGACACUGCGCCAGCGCCUGGAGGAGCUAAAGAAGCUGUGUCUCCGAGAAGCGGAACUUACAGGAAAGUUGCCAAGAGAAUACCCCCUCGACCCAGGGGAAGAGCCCCCAAUGGUGCGAAGAAGAAUAGGUACUUCCUUUAAACUGGAUGAACAGAAACUCCUGCCAAAAGGAGAGGAAGCUGAGCUGGAACGCUUGGAGAGGGAAUUUGCCAUUCAGUCGCAGAUCACUGAAGCUGCUCGACGCCUAGCCAGCGACCCCAAUGUCAGCAAGAAGCUGAAGAAACAAAGGAAAACCUCCUACCUUAAUGCACUGAAAAAGCUUCAGGAGAUUGAAAAUGCCAUCAAUGAGUAUCGCAUCAAAUCUGGAAAGAAGCCAACGCAAAGAGCUUCCCUGAUUAUAGAUGAUGGAAAUAUUGCCAGUGAGGAUAGUUCCCUAUCGGAUGCUCUAGUUUUGGAGGAUGAAGACUCUCAGGUUACCAGCACAAUAUCCCCUUUACAGUCCCCUCACAAAGGCCUCCCUCCACGCCCGCCCUUGCAUAACAGGCCACCCCCUCCCCAGUCACUGGAGGGACUCCGGCAGAUGCACUACCACAGGAAUGACUAUGACAAGUCCCCUAUCAAGCCGAAGAUGUGGAGUGAGUCAUCCUUGGACGAACCUUACGAGAAGGUCAAGAAGCGCUCUUCACACAGCCAUUCCAGCAGUCACAAGCGGUUCCCCAGCACAGGGAGCUGUGCAGAAGGUGGAGGGAGCAACUCUCUGCAAAACAGCCCCAUUAGGAAUCUUCCCCAUUGGAACUCCCAGUCCAGCAUGCCGUCAACGCCAGACCUACGGGUACGCAGUCCACAUUAUGUGCAUUCCACUAGGUCAGUGGACAUCAGCCCUACCAGAUUGCAUAGUUUAGCACAGCACUUUAGACACAGAAGCUCCAGCUUAGAAUCCCAAGGAAAGCUCCUUGGGUCAGAAAACGAGACAGGGAGCCCCGAUUUCUACACCCCCAGGACUCGUAGCAGUAACGGCUCAGACCCCAUGGAUGACUGCUCCUCCUGCACCAGCCAUUCCAGCUCUGAGCACUACUAUCCUGCUCAGAUGAAUGCAAACUAUUCCACGCUGGCUGAGGAUUCCCCUUCCAAAGCUCGGGAGCGCCAGAGGCAGAGACACAAGUCGGCGGGGAAUCUUGUCUCCUCCAAUUCAGGUAGCAUGCCCAACCUGGCUGCCAGGAAUGGGACGGGCCACCAUGGAGUCUAUCUGCACAGCCAGAGCCAGCCUUCCUCCCAGUACAGGAUCAAAGAGUACCCACUGUACAUUGAAGGCAGUUCCACGCCUGUGGUGGUGCGCAGCCUGGAGAACGACCAGGAGGGACACUAUAGUGUGAAAGCACAAUUUAAAACAUCCAACUCGUACACGGCAGGGGGACUGUUCAAGGAGAACUGGCAUGGGGAUGAAGUAGACUCUCUAAGAUUGACUCCCUCCCGUUCUCAGAUCAUACGGACUCCAUCUCUGGGCAGAGAGGGUCACGAGAAGGGGUCAGGAAGGACAGUGGUGUCUGAUGAACUGAGGCUGUGGUACCAUCGGUCCACAGCCUCCCACAAAGACCAUAGCCGCUUGUCGCACACAAGCUCCACUUCGUCGGAUAGCAGCUCCCAGUACAGCACCUCCUCUCAAAGCACCUUUGUGGCUCACAGCAGGGUAACAAGGAUGCCUCAGAUGUGUAAAGCAACAUCAGCUGCCUUACCUCACAGCCAGAGGAGCUCCACUCCAUCGAGUGAGCUGGUAGCCACGCCACCGAGCAGCCCACAUCACAUCCUAGCCUGGCAGACUGGGAGCUACAAUGAAAGCUGUUAUCUGGAUUCUCCCAUCUAUCCAGAUCUAGCCGACGUCCAGUGGUAUGGACAGGAGAAAGCCAAGCCUGGGACGCUAGUGUGAAUCCCCUUGACCUCAGCUGUUCAAACGCAUCAAUGCCAUUCUGAAAAUCACCUCACUGCCUCUCAUUUGCCUUACCCAGAUGCACUGGCGCCUGACACGAGCUUCAAGUCAAAGCACUUUUUGCUUAAGGCAACUAAAGAAGCUAAUACUGAAACAACCACCUCUCCGUUAUAGGUCUCUACCCAGUCGAUAGUAAGUCUUGGUUAACUGCAGACAACCAUGUGCCUCACACAGCUCACCCAAGAGCAGAGGGCAGUCAACUGGAUUGAAAGAA